CGAUAAUGCGCACCAUGUAUCUUUUCUACCUUAAACGGCGACCGGUGUUUAAAACAGCUAUUCACCGUGAUUUAAUUGAACUAAAGUUCAUUAGUUCAAAACGAAAAAAAAAAUGCUCCGGCCUCCGAUAACGUUUAAGAACAGUCAAUAUUUUUAUAAGUGGUGCACCAAUUGAACAAGUUAUUAUCUUUAUGGCUGGCGUUCGACACAACCAUUUUUUAAAAUAUUUAACAUAUUUUUAUGUUAAAUGACGCAAUAAAUCGACCUAUAGUUCCUCUUGCUCAAUACAUAUCAGUUGUAUAAAACAAUUUGACCGUCUUCAAAUUUAAGCAUUUUCAAUUCAGUUUGUGAACCGACUCGAAGCCAGACACAUCAGUUAACAAAUGAAAGCAGAACUACCCGUUCAACUUAUUGGCGUGAUCAAUGUUGAAUCACAACGCGUCACAUUUUCAGUACUAUCCAGUUCAAAUGUCCUGGCAGAAUCAUCUAGAGCGAUUGAACUUACCAAGCCUUUACCAGGAUGGGUCGAAGUAGAUCCAGAACAUAUUUGGAAUACGUUGUGCAUGACCAUAAAUGAGGUAAUAAAUGAAUUAAAUUUUAAAGAUAUCACUGUAGAAUGCAUUAAAGCUAUCAGUAUUAUAAACGAACGAGACACUAUAUUGGCUUGGAACUCUGAAACAAAUCAGCCAAUUUACAAUGCGAUCCAUUACACUGAUUCUCGGACAGAUUCUUAUAUCCAAGAUAGCAUAUCCAAAGAUCCUAAUGUAUUUAAAUACAUAGAACAAACAACCGGUCUGAGGGUAAUAUCGAUGUUUGGUGGGCCCAAAAUAAAAUGGUUAAUCGAAAACAUAGAAAACACGAAACAACUUAUAGCCAGAAAAACCAUAAAAUUUGGAUCAUUGGAAACUUGGAUAGCUUGGAAACUUACGAAUGGUAAUUUAUACGUAACCGAUAUUACUAAUGCUUCAAGAACAUUGUUAAUGGAUUUGAAAACACUAGAAUGGUCAGCACAAGCAUGCAAAAUUUUCAAUGUCCCUAUUUCAUUACUUCCAACAAUAAAAAGUAACUCUGAACAAUAUGGAAUAAUACAAAUGACUAAAUUAAAAGGUGUUAUGAUUGGUUCAAUUUUAGCUAAUAACCAAGCCGCUUUCUAUGGAUCAAAUUGUAAACAAUUCGGUCAAAUAAUGAGCAGAUUUGGUGAUAGUUGCACAGUAACAUGUAAUGUUGGGACUGAAUUUAUAAAUUCAAGUAAUGGCCUGAUUACCACAAUUGCAUACCAAAUUGGCAAUGAACCAGCAGUUUAUGCCCUUGAAGGUUGGACAUCAAUUGGUGGGCAAAUAACAGACUGGUUAAAAGACAAAAUGAAAAUUUUAAGUAAUGAAGACGAUUUAAAUUCAUUAGACAUUGAUGUUAGCGAUAUAUACAUUGUACCAGCUUUUAAUGGACUAACCACACCAUAUUGGAGACCGGAUGCUCGAGGUAUAAUAUGUGGAAUGACUCAUUUCACUAAGAAAAAUCAUAUUAUUCGGGCAGCACUAGAAUCAAUAUGCUUCCAUACCAAGGAUGUAUGUGUUGCACUAGAAAAAGAUAUAGGUGUAAGUCCAUCACUAAUAAUUGUAGAUGGUAAAUACUCGUGUUAUGAUAAUUUACUGUGUUACCAAGCAGAUAUUUUGGGCGUGGAUGUAGUAAGGAUGCAUGCAACUCGUAUAGCAAUAUAUGGGGCGGCAGAAGCAGCAGCCCAGUCCGUUAAUAUAAAGUUUGAAAGCGAUCUAACACCAACUUUCAUAUCAAAACCAACUACUACACAAGAUGAAAGAAAUUGUCGCUAUUUUAAAUGGUUAAAAGCGAUUCGCAGAAGUUGUGGAUGGACAAGACCCCCACACACAGUACAAAAUAAGUAUGAAAUAUUAAACUCAAAUUUACUACCAACUGCUUCCUUGAUGGCCAUGAUGGGAAUGAUGGUAGUAGCAGAUAAAUACUAAUCAUGUACAACUUAUAGUUUAAAGAACUAACAAUUUUAUAUAAUUGUUUCAUUUUUUUUUUUUUAAGUAUAUAUAUAGUAAUUUUUAAUGAAGCCUACAUCAUAUUAAAUUACCUGUAAUUUAUUGUCAUAUUAGGAAUAACCAAGUGGGCUGAUCUGGUAUUUUUCUCAAUUGUUAUUAUAGAAUUUAAUACAAAAAGUUAUACCCAGCUCUUAUUUUUAAUGUUAAAUAAAUUUUAAUUUAAAUAAAAAAAUGUUCAACAACAUUUAAAACAACAUAUAUACAUAUUUAUAAAACAAAAAUUGGCUUAGAUUUCUAAGUGUUUUUAUUUUUUAUUAUUUAAAUGUAACCGUAUACUUGGUA